AUGGGAUCUUCUUCUUCGAAAACCGCGUCUUCAGCUUCUUCUACUUCUUCUUCACCGACGACGAAAUUCGCCUCCGAUUUCCCUUCCCCGGCGGUCCAGAGAGCUUUCUCUUUCCCUACGCCGUUGGUCCACCAUCCUCCGGCUAGAAAAGGCGACACUCACCACCUCGUCUCCCUCACAUCAACCUCAUACGGUUCUCUCCUCCUCAUCGACCUCGACGGAUCCACGAACUCCUCCGACCAACAACAGACGCUUCCUCGUAUCUCAAUCUCCGGGAAGACCACGUCAGAUCCGAGCUCACGCGACUCGCUCUCCCCUGACUCAGUCAUAAACACAUGGGAGCUCAUGGACGGCUUAGACGACGAAUUCGAAUUCGAAAUCCCCAAACCCGGUAAGCUCGAUCUCAGUCUCAAUUCGGAAUUUUGCCCUAAACCCGCCGUGAAUCGGAAUGUGGGUCUUACCGGGUCUGCGUUGAAAUUGGAAGAGUCUUACGAGUUUGUGAGAAUCGAAGAAGACGUAGAAGAUUGGGUCCCGUUGUCUUAUAAACCAAAGCAGCCUCUUUGGAAACAUUUAUCUCAAGAAUCAUUCAUCUCCGGUUUAGAUCCCAGAAUUGUCUCGUCUUACAAGAAAGCUCUGUCUUCUAAACAAUUAAGCAACAAUGUCGACAUUAGAAACCCGGUUAAACCCACAGCAUCAAAUCCACUCAUCCCAAUCAUCGAACCAAAAUCUGUAUGCUCUCAAGCCAAACCGAGAUUACAAGGAGCAGAAGACAAGAUUGUGCUCUACUUCACAUCACUCCGAGGGAUUCGAAAGACGUACGAGGAUUGCUGUUGCGUUAGAGCGAUACUGAGAGGGCUUCAAGUGACGGUAGACGAACGUGACAUCUCCAUGGAUUCCAAAUACAGGAAAGAGCUUCAAAGCCUGAUUGGCACCGCGGAGAAGCCGGUUUCUCUGCCUCAGGUGUUUGUAAGAGGAGCACGCGUUGGUGGCGUCGAGGAGAUUAUGAAGCUAAACGAUGGUGGUGAGUUAGCUGAGAUGUUGAAAGAUUUCCCAGCUUGUGAAUGCUUGGGGACGUGUCGGAGCUGUGGGGAUGCGAGGUUUGUGCCUUGCACUAACUGUGAUGGGAGCACCAAAGUGUUUGAGGAACAGGACGAACGGUUCAGGCGAUGUCCUAAGUGCAAUGAGAAUGGGUUGGUGCGUUGUCGCGAGUGUUGUGUCUAA